AUGUCGCGGAACCAACAGCCCAUGAGCAUAGAGGCCAUGCUCGACAUGGAGCGGCAGGAGGUUCUUGCGCUGCUCGGAAAUCCGCAACCGUCUCAGACUUCCCAAGACCGAAUGCGAUCCGCUUCUCCAUAUGCUACCCCGCGAUCGCCCGUUCGAAGCAUGCUGGAUAUCGAUGAGCAGCCUGCUCCGAGCUCUCCUCGCCAAGCCGUGCGAAGUAUGCUUGACACCACGUCCCCUCCUCCACCCAAGAUUCGAAGUAUGCUGGAUCUGGACACUCCUCCAUCCGGCCCCUCAAAGCUUCCCGGCACCAGCACAACUCCAAGCUCUCCCGUUUCUAAACCUGCUAGCCUCGCGCCCAGCACUGUUGGACACACUCGCAGCUUCAGUGAUGCCGCAUCGAAUCCCGUCGAGUUUGGGCCUCGAGCAGCUGGGGGGCGUAAUGAUCCUGUCUCUGGAUACCAAUUUUCUGACAUCAUUACACGCAACACGGGUCAGCAGCUUCCCAAGAGAAACACACAAGGGACUUCCCUUGGGGAUACACUCCGUGGCGUCGAUCGUGAACACAGGCGCUCCCUUGGAGGCGCCAUCGGCAACCACAAAUCCAUGUCCCCUCACAAUCGCCUAGGUUCGAGGUCGAGGUCGCCCGGCACAGUACUUGCUCCAGGCACAGCUAUGCUUGAUGAUGGCCAGAUCUUUAAUCUCAACAACGCCUAUCGCCGGUUGACAGACGCAAACCUGGCGAGCUCGGGGGGCACUCUGUCUGCUCUCCCACUGCGUACUCAAGAUGAUGGCCAGAGUGGCAGAUUAGUCAAGGAUUACUUGGGCCCUGAUGGUGAACACCUGGAAUCUAGUGAAGACGACGACACGUUUUCCUCUGACGACGAGGACCGAGGUCGUAAGAAGGCUCCUCGGACACUCAACCCCGAUGCUAAGGGCGAGACCAGUGAGGGUUCCUCUGGUGAUGGUCGAAAAUCUCAGAGCCUUCUUGCUGCUGCUGAUGAAGAGAGAACCAAGGUUGCUUCAGGGAAGUCAUAUACGUAUCGCUCCCUGCUGUCAGAGCCAGAGAUCAAGGUCACCAGUCCGUUUGGCGACAACGUGAAGAGUACCAGCAGGGCUGCUGUACACCCCAACACGAGCUACAAUACGGGAACAGUAUCAACGGCUGCUUCAAUUAUUGACUCUGACGAGGAGGCUGACAGAGACGACAUCAAAACGGCCCAGAACCUCACCGUGUCUAUGUCUACUAUAAUCUCGACGCCAGAGUCCCAUCGUGCGAUUCGCAUGAUUUACCGUGGAGAGUACCAAAAGAUUGUCCAGCAAGCGGAGGAUGAACAUCAUCGGCUCAGAAAGUACCUGGUGGCUACAGAUAUGAGCGACGAAUCCACACAUGCGCUCGAGUGGGCAAUCGGUACGGUACUACGAGAUGGCGACACGCUCAUGGCCAUCUAUUGUGUUGAUGAAGAGCAAGGCAUUGGUGAUGCAAACCAAGUACCGGAUGAUCCAAAGGCCAUGAAGGAGCAGGCGGCUGCUAUCAACACCGUGGCCAACAGCAAGACGCAGGCCCCGGCAAUGACAGCAGUGCCGGAAUUUGUGCGAGCAUCCAUUCGAGACUCGAAGAAUAACACGCCCAACACCUCCCCUGCGCCAUCGAGCCGAGGAGAGCGCAGCAGAGCAGAGGAAGACCGCCGCCGAGCAGUCAAGGAUAUCUCCGACAGGGUCGUCAAACUGCUACGAAAGACGAGCCUUCAGGUGCGGGUCAUUGUGGAGGUGCUGCAUUGCAAGAACCCAAAGCAUCUGAUUACCGAGGUGAUCGACCUUGUCAGCCCGACAUUGGUUGUCAUAGGAAGCCGAGGAAGAAGUGCGCUGAAGGGUGUCAUUCUGGGAUCAUUUUCCAACUACCUAGUGACCAAGAGCUCGGUUCCUGUCAUGGUGGCGAGGAAGCGGCUCCGUAAGCAGGGCAAGUACAGAGGCGUGAAGCAGGUCAAUAUUCUCAGCAAUCCUGCAGCGAAAAGUCUAUCAAAUGCUAGGAUCGAUUAA